AUGGGCGCGUUACUCCACAGCUCCAAUGAAACGACGCACUUGGCACUCCAAGCCCUUGCAACAAUCACAAGCUACCCCGUUGGCGCGCAGGCGUUCAUGGCACUCGAUGACGUGAGCGCCCUCGUGGAGGUGGCACCCACGCAUCCCGAAGCACUGCAGACUCUAAAGCUUGCGUGGCUUAACGCUCCUAUCUCGUCUUCGGGGCAAGCCGAAACUACCAAAAAGAUCAACGUGACUAUGCAGCAGCUAGUUUCCUCUUUCAAAGGAACAGAUGGCGUUACCCUCCUAGACUUUGUUGGGUCAUAUCUCCAACAUGCUGAUCCGGCUAUUUUACCGCAGAACCCUCGGUGGUCGGCCUAUGUCAACGCCUCGGCGGCUUUGCUUCAAGUGUACCCCGCAAAGGCAUCCGCCAUGCUUUUCGCGUCGCAGCCGACAGAGGAGAAGUCUCUGCCGUAUCUCUUGAUCAGUCUUGUUCUAAUCGACAUACGCUCAUCCUGUCCCACUCUGCUUGAAAAACUCAAUAGCCCCGGUUACGACAUACUCUCGCGGCGGCUCACAUCGGGGUUCGACAUCGUGUCGAGUUUCAUUGGCUACUUGAUUCGGAGCCUCGAUGAUGAGGAUUCACCUCUGUUCAUGGAACCGAAUCUACUACUCAAACUACGCAAAUCCAUAUCAGAGACCGUUUCAGUGACACUUGAAUACCUUCGGGAUCGAUGGGACGCUUCCGUUGCGGGUGCCAUGGGUUUACACCCAGACGCGAGGACGGGCACGACAGCAACGUCAAAAGGCUCUCAUCUGACUGUAGCAUGGGAUUCCGCAAAAGAUAACGUGGAAGAGGAUCCGCUGGUACUCGCCGCCGUCAGGGCGCUGGCGAUCUGGAUCCGGGAGGACGACAGCAGCGUUCUACGCAACGAAGCCUCUGGGCUGCUUGAUAUGCUCUUGGAUCUUUAUAAAUCAAGCCUCUUAACGAGAUACGAUUUUCGGCCCGCAGUCCUAGUUGCCUUGGAAGGUGUGCUAGCCGUCAAGACAGGCAAAGACGUCUUUUUCCAAAACGAGGGAUGGGACGUCCUCGCAAAGGAUUCCCUUGGCAUAUUGCAGCGAACCACAAAAGAAGUCAAUGAACCGGAUGCCUCUAGAGGAAUUGAGAUUGUUCGCAUCCUCCUGUCCCUCGCCGAAGAAGAAGCGUCGGGCACCCGGGAAGGCUGGAUGGACGUCAUAACCGGCGUUGCCGCAUGGGACGUGCCUGACGUCGAACAGCCCCUCAUGGUGCGAGAAUUCCAGCUUGCCGCCCUGCAAUUGUGCGCCACCCUCCUCGCACGUGCGAGCGCUGGGCUGAGAAAGAGGUAUUCGCAUUCGAUGAGUGCCAUAAUCGGGGUAGCAAAUCAGCUCCGAAGACACCUCCCGAGCGACGAGGAGCUAGAGGAACAGCUCGAGGAUGUACUUGUGACCCUAUCAAGCCUUCGGUAA